UUUCCACAUUACUAAUUACUAGGACUAUAAUUAUGACACCAUUUUUACUCAAACCAGUCUAUUAUUCUCUCAUUAUGAAUUGAGAAACCAGUCGCAUUUGUACCUUUUCAAAGUUUUGAAAAAAUAAAUAUGAACCCAAUUUUUUUAACCACUUUAUUAAGCAUAUUUUGUAUAAUUUCGUGUGAAACAAUAAAUGACAAAAUUGACGAUUUAUGGGGUGAAGAUAGAGAAGACGACACACAAAUGACCACAUUGGCACCACGAAUUUCGGACAACUUUACCAUCACACAGGAAUGUGAAUGUGUGCCUUACUAUCUUUGUGACCGAAAAAAAGAAACAAAUUUUGGUGAAGGAUUAAUCAAUGUCAGAACCGUAAAAUCCGAAUGUUCCCACUAUUUACUAAAAUGCUGCGACGAUGAAGACCCAAAAGAACCAUUUUUCCCAGAAACAGAAAUCAAACAGGGUUGCGGUUAUAGCAACCCUAAUUCUAGAACAAAUCCGACAGACGGUUCAGCCGAAUUCGGGGAAUUCCCUUGGGUCGUUGCCAUCUUAUCAAACGAUUCGUAUAUCUGCAGUGGUUCUCUUAUCCAUCCGCAGGUCGUUAUGACAGCAGCCCACUGCCUCAAAAACCUAAGACAACCAAAAAUACGAGCCGGCGAGUGGGAUUCACACGACGACAACGAAAAAUUGCCUCAUCAAGAAAGAGAUGUCGCUUCAAUAACAAUCCACGCUCAGUACAACCCUACUACAUUGGUCAAUGAUAUUGCUCUUCUAUUUUUAAAAAGCGCAGUACAGUUGGCGGAGCAUAUUGAUGUGAUUUGUCUUCCUCCUGCGUCGACUGUAAUCGAUAAAGCUCGAUGUAUUGUAAAUGGUUGGAGGAAAGAAACCUUUGGGAGGGAAGGUGUUUUGACAAAAAUCGAAUUGCCGAUGGUUCCGAGCAAAACUUGCGAAGAGGCUUUAAAGAAAACUCGAUUAGGAGAAAAAAUGUUUAAGUUAGACAAGAGUUUUGUUUGUGCUGGAGGGGUAGCGGGGAAAGAUACAUGUAAAGGGGAUGGAGGGAGUCCUCUAAUCUGUCCAACUGAUAAAGAUACGGAACGGUAUUAUCAAAUUGGGAUAGUUUCUUGGGGAGUGGGUUGUGGAACAUAUAGAGUUCCAGGGGUGUAUUCAAAUGUACCAUUCUUUAGGCAAUGGAUUGAUGACAAACUUAAAAAGAAGAAUUUGGACAUUAGUGUGUAUCAAGUGUAA